AGACAUGCAGCAGCUGUAGUGGUGACCAGUAUAGCGCAUUGUAAACCCAGGUUGUGUCUGGCAAAUAAGAUUGUUCGGAAGGUAAACUGGAUUGUGACGUAACGGGUUUAACCCCCCGGCAGAGAGACACCGCGUGCUGCUCGCGCACGGUCAGCAGCAGUCGGUGAGGAGCAGAGCAGCUCGUGCCUCCUCCAGUACAUAAACCCUCCUCCCUCCCUCCCUCCCUCUCAGGGCCUGAGCAUGACUUCUCGCACAUUUCACUGCGACUGAACAACACGGCAACAUGGCUUCGUUCCUGGAGAUCGCUGAUGAUGAGAAAGGCUAUGAUCUGGAACAUUUCUGCGUCCCCAGACAUUAUGAGAACGAUUUGGAAAAGGUGAUCAUCCCCCAUGGACUCAUCAUGGACAGGACAGAGCGUCUAGCCCGGGAUAUUAUCCAGGACAUGGGGGGACAUCACAUCGUAGCUCUGUGUGUGCUAAAAGGAGGAUACAAGUUCUUCGCAGACCUGCUGGACUACAUCAAAGCCCUGAACCAGAACAGCGAUAAAUCAGUCCCCUUGACAGUGGAUUUCAUCAGGGUGAAGAGUUACUGUAACGACAAGUCAACAAACAGUGUCAAAGUCAUAGGAGGGGAUGAGCUGUCCAGUCUCUCAGGCAAGAACGUUUUGAUUGUCGAGGAUAUCGUGGAGACAGGAAGAACCAUGCAGACGCUACUCUCCCUGCUGAGUGAAUGCAAUCCCAAGAUGGUUAAAGUUGUAAGCCUUCUGGUGAAGAGGACCCCGAGGAGUUCAGGGUACAGACCAGACUAUAUUGGUUUUGAGGUGCCAGAUUCCUUUCUGGUGGGCUAUGCUUUGGACUACAAUGAGUACUUCAGAGAUCUCAGUCACAUCUGUAUACUGAAUGAUCAAGCCAAGGAGAAGUACAAAGUGUGAGCAGAAGUGCUGGAGAGGCGAUGGCUGAUAUCAAUGAAGACUAGGACCACUGUGAUGCCCAUCAUUAGCUUUGCUGUGUUUUGAAACUUAUUUAUUUUUCUACAUACAAAUCCACAAAAUGUGACAUGUGGGUUGUAAAUAACUUAGAACUUUUUUUCUCCCUUAAUUAAAAUACAUGGGAUCAGUUACUACACACAUUUUAGUUGUUACAUUUUAAUUUAUUUAUUUACAUGUGUAUAGACUGCCUGCUGUCUUAUCUUUGAGAUAGAAAGAAGAAUAUAAUUUAUUUGUUCAAGUCACAAGUCUCAGGCUAAUUACUGCUUUAUGUUAAGUGAGCUGUCAGUCAAAUGUAAGUAGCCUUCAAUUAAUUGUAAUGUUUUUUUGACUUAUAAUGCAGAUAUUUCCUCAUUAUGCCAUAAUAUGACUGACUUGGAAUGUAGGCCUACUAUAACGUUAUGUUUUAUUCAUGCUUUCAUCGAAGACCUGUUUACAGCAAUACAAAUCUUGUGAAACCUUGA